AUGGCAGAUCGACAAGCUGCACAGAGAAUAAGGAGACUCGCCAUCAUCGGCGUGUCUAGUUUCUUGUUGGUGGCCAUGGCGGUGGCCGUCACCGUAGGUGUCAGCAUGAACCAAAGCGAUUCUGAAUCAAGCCAACCAAAAGAUAACAACAAGUCCCAUGUCUCGGAUUCAAUGAAAGCCGUGACGGACCUGUGUCAUCCCACCGAUUACAAAAAAGAGUGCGAGGACAGUCUCAAGUCCGAGGCCGGCAACAGCAGCGACCCUAAACAACUCAUCAAGAUCGUCUUCAACGUCACCAUUCGCUCCGUCGGCGAGAGUCUCCAGAAAACCCGUCUCAUCCAUGAGAUUGAGAUAGAACCCAGAUCCAAGAUGGCCCUUGAUUCCUGCAUGCACCUCAUGGCCCUCUCUAUCGACGAGUUCAGAAAGUCCGUCCAAAACAUGGGUUCAUUUGAUCUCGCCGGCGUCGACGACAUGCUCAUGAACCUCAAGGUUUGGAUCAGCGGCGCCAUCACCUACCAACAGACUUGUUUGGACGGAUUUCAGAACACCACCAGCCCGGCUGGUAAACAGAUGCAAGAUGUUCUGAAACUUACCAUGAUACACAGCAGCAAUAUUCUCGCCAUCAUCAAUGACUUCGCCAACAGUCUCGCUCAGCUGAACAUAACAAGCUCAACCUCACGUCGACUCCUUGAGGAUUUUGAAUCCGAUCGUCCUGUUUUGGGUCAUGGAGACCUGGACAUUCCCCUUUGGGCUGAGGUCGGCAUGAGAAGAUUUCUUGCUACCGGCAAGCUCAAGCCCCAUGUUGUUGUAGCCAAGGACGGCACUGGAAAGGUCAGGAGCAUUAACGAAGCCUUGAAAAUGGUCCCCGAAAAUAAUGCCAAGCCAUUCGUCAUCUACGUUAAGGAAGGAGUCUACCAUGAGUAUGUUCACGUUAUGAAGAAUCUGACCCGCGUGGUCAUGAUCGGUGAUGGAGGCGACAAGACCCGAGUUACCGGCAAUAGAAACUUCGUUGAUGGCAUUGGCACCUUCAGAACCGCCACCGUUGCCGUCGACGGAGAUUUCUUUGUGGCCAUAAAGAUGGGGUUUGAGAACUCAGCUGGUCCCGAGAAGCAUCAAGCCGUUGCCCUAAGAGUGCAAGGUGACAUGGCAGUGUUCUACAGAUGCGCCAUGGAUGGGUACCAGGACACACUUUACGCACACGCGAUGCGUCAAUUCUAUAGGGACUGCACCAUUUCAGGUACGGUGGACUUCGUUUUUGGUGAUGCAAUGUCGGUGUUCCAGAACUGUACAUUUAUAGUGCGGAAGCCAUUGGAGGAACAACAAUGUAUCGUGACGGCACAGGGCAGGAAGGAGAGGCACCAGCCAACGGGAAUAGUGAUCCAAGGAGGGUCCAUCGUGGCAGAUCCUAACUUCUACCCAGAUAGGUUCAAGAACAAGGUUUACUUGGCUCGUCCAUGGAAGAUAUACUCCAGAACCAUAUUCAUGGACACCUUCAUGGAUGACUUGAUCCAACCUGAAGGGUUUUUGCCGUGGGCAGGCACGCUGGGGCUGGACACGUGCUAUUAUGCAGAGCACAACAAUGACGGCCCAGGUUCUGAUAAAUCCAAGCGUGCGAAAUGGGGCGGCAUCAAGAACAUCACACCCCAACAAGCAAACACUUAUACGCCUCUCAACUUCUUCAAGGGGGACAAGUGGAUUAAGAUUACUCGCAUUCCUUACAACCCUUCUUCUUGGAACUCCAAACACUAAUUUCAAUUACUGUUGUCAUAUUGAAAUCAUUGUCAAUGUCGUUAUCAAAUAUGAAGGCUGCUUCUUUGGGAGGGUGUUUGUGUACUUAAUUAGAGGGGCAGCAGGUUGUUGAUUGGCUGUUCUUGUAAUUAUAACGUGGGACUUGUACAUCCACACACAUU